AUGGCGCAGAAAGCAACCUCCUUCAUUAUGGUUCUAUCUUGUUCAUUUUGCCUAUUCACUCUCAUAAACGGAAUUUCCUACUGCUAUGGCCCAUGCAACGACUUCAACGACUGCGACGGCCAGCUCAUCUGCACCAACGGCAAGUGCAACGACGACCCUGACCUCGGCACUCACAUCUGCCGCUCCCCUCCUCCACCACGUGACCACGGAUCCCCUCCCCCACCAAGUGGUGGCAGCGGAACGACCUGCCGCUCCUCCGGCACCCUUCAAUGCGGCACAAACUCCUACCCUCAAUACACGUGCUCCCCUCCGGUGUUCUCCUCCACAAAGGCAAUACUCACCCUGAACGACUUCAGUGAAGGAGGCGACGGUGGUGCCCCAUCUGAGUGUGACGACCAGUACCACCAAAACUCGGAGCCAGUGGUGGCACUGUCCACUGGGUGGUUCAACAAAGGGGCGUUCUGCUUGAGGUAUAUAAGGAUCACCUCAACCAGAACAGGGAGGAGCGUGAGGGCGAAGGUGGUGGACGAGUGCGACUCCGUUCACGGCUGCGACGCGGAGCAUGCAGGGCAGCCACCAUGCCGGAACAACAUCGUGGAUGGAUCGCAGGCGGUCUGGGAUGCUCUAGGGCUGGACUCGAAUGUUGGGGAAGAAAACGUUACUUGGGCAACGGCCUGA